CGAAAGCCGGCCACAUGUUUUGUUUUUGUUGUUGUUUAAUUUUGAAUUGAACACUUGAACAGUCUGUCAACGCACGAAACAAGACAUCGGUGAAAUUUUAAAUUUUUCUUUUUAGACUGAAAGAAAAUAUUGAUAUCCGUGCAUAUUUUAAUUGAAUAAAUACAACUGCAAUGGAUGGAGAUAACGAGCCAUGUUCAGAAUUAGGCACAAAAGAAUACUGGGAUAAAACCUAUCAAUUGGAAAUAAACAACUUCCAGUCCCAUGGGGAUGUUGGCGAGGAAUGGUUUGGAGAGGACAGUGCUAUGAGAGUUGUCAAAUGGUUGAAUGCUUAUGAGAAAGUUACAAAAGGCUCAAAGAUAAUAGACAUUGGCUGUGGAAAUGGAAUGCUGCUGUCAUUAAUGGCUGAGGAGGAAUAUGAAAAUCUACUUGGAGUCGACUACAGCCAACAUGCUAUAAAUCUUGCAAGUUCUGUUGCCAAUAAAAUGGCCCUAAACAUCUCUUUUAAGGUUUGGGAUAUUUUAAGUGCAGAGUCCUGCCCUGGCGAUGUGCCUUUUGACGUAGCACUUGACAAAGGAACUUAUGACGCAAUUGGCUUGAGUAGCAACGGAGCUGAGGACAGAAAAACCUACAUUACGAAAGUUCAUUCAAUAUUAACGCCUGAUGGCAUUUUGGUGCUCACCUCAUGCAAUUACACUGAAGACGAGUUGGAGUCGCAAUUUUCGGAGAGAUUUACAAAAUUAUCUAGGAUACCUGCACCAACUUUCAAAUUUGGAGGACGGGAGGGAAGCCUCAUUUCAUCAUUAAUACUACGUAAGAUCAACUAAACUGCUGAUUAUCUUUUUAAAAGUCUUUCAAAACUUUUUUAACAAAAUCCCAGAGGUUUCAUUGUUUUACUUAAAUUAAAAUAAAAAUUCUUGUAAAUUUACAAGUACCAUUCAAUUUAUUUGUGUCCCAUUAUUAGGAAAAUUGUCUUACAUUAAAAAAAAUUGAGCUCGAUAGCAUGUUUUUCUUGACAAUUAUGAAAUAAAUUAACCUCAAAAUCUG